AUGAACCAUAUGAAAACAAACUUCACAGUGACAGAGUUUGUGUUUCUAGGGCUUUCAUCUGAUCCCAAGGUACAGCUGGUUCUGUUUUUUGUUUUCUUGUUUUUCUAUAUGUUGUCAGUGGUGGGCAAUGUCAUCAUCAUCACUAUUAUCCAGAUAGAACCUCGCCUGCAAACCCCCAUGUACUUUUUCCUCACUAACUUGUCCUUUCUGGACAUCUGCUAUACAUCCACCAAUGUCCCACAGAUGCUUUCCAACAUGGUGGGGAGUAAGAAGACCAUCCCAUUUGCCAGCUGUGCCACUCAGAUGUACUUCUCACUCUCCUUUGGAAUGAUUGAAUGUGUUCUUCUUGGUGUCAUGGCUUAUGACAGAUAUGUAGCCAUUUGUCAUCCUCUCCAUUACACUGUUAUUAUGGACCAAAACACUUGUAUCCAACUGGCAGCCAUUUCUUGGUCCAGUAGCUUCCUGAGUUCCAUGGUUAUCAAUGUUCUCACCUUGAGUUUGCCCUACUGUGGACCAAAUGUCCUGAACCACUUUUUCUGUGAGGUUCCUUCAGUUCUGAGACUGGCUUGUACCGACACUUCACUCACUGAGCUGGUGGUUUUUGUAUUCAGUAUCAUCAUUGUCUUCAUUCCUUUCCUCCUUAUUAUUGUUUCCUAUGCCCGCAUCCUUCUUUCUGUUCUCAGGAUGCGAUCAGCCUCUGGGAGGCAUAAGGCUCUGUCCACCUGUGCUUCCCAUCUUACAGUUGUGACUUUAUUCUAUGGAACUGCCAUUUUUAUGUACAUGAGACCCCAGUCGAAGUCCUCCAGGGCUGGUGGUAAGGUCAUUGCAGUAUUCUACACUGUAGUUACACCUAUGCUCAAUCCAUUAAUUUACAGCCUAAGGAACCAGGAUGUCAAAGGGUCUUUGAGGAGAGCUAUCACAAAACAGAAGACAUAA